GAUUGGGUACUGCAAAAGGGCGUAAUGCGUAAUGGCUGACGAUUUGGCAUCCAUUACAUUGUUCUCACUGUCUCAGUCCGGACCAUUCGAGCUUCUACUGCGGUGGCAUUGUGAUUGACGCCGGGAACAAAGCAUGCUGCAGCAAAUGGAGUCCUUGUAUCGAGGGAUUAUUGCGAAUCCAAGGCUUAGGCAAUAUGGUCUGCCAGUUGUUGGUGCGCUUGUCGGCAUACAAGCACUGAGGUCCCUGAGCGGAUGGCUUUCGCAAAGAGCACUCAACCACUACACUUCGAGUUCGAAAUGGGACUGGUCCAAGGAACUCGUCGUGAUAACAGGAGGAAAUUCGGGUAUCGGUGCUGAGAUGGUUGAAAAGUUGGCUAGCAGAGGAGUUAAAGUCAUCAUUCUCGAUAUCACGGAAGCGAAGGGGCAACUGCCUCCCAACACAUCAGCUUACCAGGUCGAUGUUGGCGAUCUCAAUGCCAUCAAGGCCACCUGUGGCCGCAUUCGCUCCGAGCACGGCAAUCCGACUGUCCUGAUCAACAAUGCCGGUCUCGCACUUGACGCGACCAUCCUGGGUAUAUCCAUGGACGAUGUCCAGAGGACUUUCUCGGUGAACCUCUUCUCACACUACCAGCUCGUCAAAGAAUUCUUGCCUCAUAUGAUUGAGAAAAACCAUGGACACAUUGUCACUGUUGCAAGCCUGGCGGCUCACGGUCCGCGCACUGCAAAUGUGGCAUACGCUGCAUCAAAAGCAGCCGCACUGGCAUUUCAUGAAGGCUUAGGGCUGGAAUUGGCCCUGUAUUACAACGCGAAGAAAGUGAGAACGACAGUUGUGCUUCCCGCAUGGAUUAGGACGCCCUUGAUCCAGCGCCUGCUCGAGAACGGGUUGCAAGUAUCUAUGGUCGAACCCAAAGUCGUUGCAGACGCUGUUGUGAAACAAUUGUAUUCGGGAGAUAGCGGCCAGAUCGUCGUCCCGUCGUCUUUGUCCCUGGCCACGGGCAUACGAGGCUGGCCGCAUUGGUUGCACCAGAAGGUGUUGAUGGAUAUGUCGGCAAGUACCAAGGCUGCUACAGUUGCCGCUAUGGAGAGUGAGCAGCAGGGAUGAAUGUUGAAGCACGCGUGAAGAUGGCCAAUAUUGUAUCUCCGUCACGUUGUGUUCGUGAUGACCAGUAUGAUAGUCUCUAGAGGACAUGGCGUGCAAGACAUAUUUUGUUGAUAUUUCGCCGGUUCUAGUUAAUGUGGGGGAAACUGGAACCAGCUUUCAGCCCCAACCCAGCGCGGGGCUUCCAUGGCUAUGACGAGCUGAGGUCUCGAUUGUUUUCCUGCUUAUUGGCGGCUUUG